UCACCAGAGUAAUGUUUGAGAGUGAUGCAACAAGUUGCAUACGUGACGGUUAAAAAUGGUUGGUCCAUUGCUCUCUCAAGGCCCGACAUCCAGACUCUCAUUCAAACCCGCCUUAAGGGCAAAUGGGUUGGCCCAAAGGCAUGGCAGACAUGGGCCAUGAGAAGAGAACUAGACCAGUGACCAAAUUCUCCACGAAUGUUCUAAAGUCAAUCGGCGACUAGGUAUCGGAGAGGAGUUUCCGGCAUGCUCACUAAGCCAUAGUCGCCGGACGUCUUCACUUUGCUUCACUCACUCUCUGGUAAGCUAGUUUGCUUUCCAUUCAAAUCUUUGUGUUCUGUUAGGUCUCUCUCUGUUCUGAUUUGGACCACGAACUCAACUCUUAAAACAAAAACCCUAAUUUAAAGUGAAUUUCAAUCAAUUUUGACAAGCCUGGUUUGGAGGCUCUACUAGUGUUUGAAUCUUCCAUUCACGAACAAACCAAACCUAAUUUUACAAUUCUUAGUUUGUGAAGAUUUAAUUUAACUCUUAGUUUCAUUUUUAUAAUGAUGCCAAUUGCAAACAUAUGUGUGUAUUAAUAUAUAAGUUACUCUAGAACCUGUACGCAAUUUUUUUUGUUCUUUCCACCAAAAGUUUUAUCUUUCUCUCUCUAAUUUUCUUCCCUGUAAAUCUGUUUUCCUCCUUCAACUUUCUUUCUUUUCUCUCCCAUUUUUAUUCUGCCCUCUGUCUCUUCCUAUAUUUGUUCUCUCUAAAACAUUCAAUAAAACCUUCAUCUUUCAACCAAAAGUAUUCGUUCUCUCUCUACAUUUCUUCAAGAGCAUAAAAUAUAUUUCAGGAGUUUUCUUUUGCACUUUACCCAAUUUAUUUAUUUAUUUAUUUAUUUAUUUAUUAUUUUUUUUUCCUGUCGACAAAUAUUUUAUCUUUGCUCAUAAAAACAAAUACCUUCCAAACUCUUCAUACAUGAAGAAAAAAGCUAAAUGAUAGUCGACACCUUUGCUUUUGGUUCACUUUUGCACCAGUGUUCCAGAACCAGGGCGUUUCGAUGCGGUCUUUCGCUUCACGCUGCUGUCGUCAAGACAGGAGUGCAAGCCAAUGUCGUCGUCUCCAACCACAUCCUCAAUAUGUAUGCCAAGUGUGGCAACAUUGUAUUUGCCCGCAAAGUGUUUGAAGAAAUGUCUGAGAGAAACCUUGUGACUUGGUCUGCUAUGAUAUCUGGCUAUGACCAGUCUGCAGAACCUCUAAUGGCAAUUGACCUUUUUUCUCAAAUGCGGCUUGUGCCCAAUGAAUACAUCUUUGCCAGUGCUAUCAGUGCAUGUGCCAGUCUCUUUGCACGGACACAAGGCCAACAGAUUCACGCUCAAUCUAUGAAGUUGGGUUAUUCUUCUAUCUCUUUCGUUUCAAAUUCUCUUAUUUCAAUGUACAUGAAAUGCGGCGGAUUUAAAGAUGCUUUAUCAGUCUUUAGUGGCAUUUCUGAACCAAAUCGUGUCUCUUAUAAUGCACUUAUUACUGGGUUGGUAGAAAACCAGCAACCAGAAAGUGGGUUUGAAGUGUUCAAACUUAUGUACCAACGAGGUCUAAUCCCGGAUCGUUUUACUUUCGUGGGAGUUCUGGGAAUUUGCACUUCUGCAGACGAUAUGUGGGGAGGAAUGGAAUUGCAUUGCCAAACAGUGAAGCUCAAUCUUGACUCCACUGCCUUUAUUGGCAAUGUGAUAAUAACAAUGUACUCGAAGUUCAAUUUGGUAGAAGAAGCCAUGAAGGCUUUCGAAUUGAUUGAAGAGAAAGAUGUCAUUUCAUGGAACACUCUUAUUACUGCUUGUUCUCAUUGUGAUCACUAUGCAAAGGGUUUGAGUGUUUUCAACAAGAUGACGAAAGAAAAUGGUAUAAUGCCUGAUGACUUUACUUAUGCCAGUGCCCUUGCUGCAUGUGCUGGCCUUGCUUCAAUACGUCAUGGCAGCCAGAUUCAUGCUCAUCUCAUCAGAACAAGGCUGGAUGAGGAUGUGGGCGUUAGUAAUGCACUUCUCAACAUGUAUGCUAAAUGCGGUUGUAUUGGAUAUGCGUACACUGUUUUUAACCAAGUGAAAUGUCGUAAUGUUGUCUCAUGGAACAGCAUUAUAGCUGGAUUUGGAAAUCAUGGGCUUGGCGAAAAAGCCCUAGAACUCUUUGAGCAGAUGAAAGAAAGGUGUUUGCAGCCAGAUUCUGUUACAUUUGUUGGACUUCUGACAGCUUGCAAUCAUGCAGGGCUUGUGGACAAAGGCCAAGCUUACUUCAAUUCCAUGUCUGAAAUCUAUGGGAUUGCCCCUAGUGUGGAGCAUUUAUCUUGCCUAAUCGAUUUACUGGGACGAGCUGGCAGACUAAAUGAGGCUGAGGAGUACAUAGAAAAGUUCCCUUUUGGGCAUGACCCAGUUAUAUUAGGGAGCUUGCUUUCUUCAUGUCGACUGCAUGGAGAUGUUGUAAUUGGUGAACGCUUGGCUAGACGGCUUCUAAAACGUGAGCCUGUUACUACUUCAUCGUAUGUUCUAUUGUCGAACUUAUAUGCUUCAGAUGGAAUGUGGGAUGCCGUUGCAGAGGCAAGAAAGAUGUUGAAGGGUAGUGGACUAAAGAAAGAGCCAGGCCAUAGUCUGCUUGAAGUGAAAGGAAUAGUGGAAAAGUUCACAGUUGGUGAUUUUUCUCAUUCAAAAAUUGAAGAGAUAGUGGACAUACUCAAAACUUUCAGUUGGGCAGGGGAUGAAGUUUCAUUAUAUAAUUAAUCAAGUCGUCAAAAAAAAGGUGUGUUAUGUUAUUUACAUUUAUUUCUACAUAAAAAGGUGUGAUUCUUAUAUACCCCCAAAAAAGGUACCGACUUUAUCUUAAUAUUUAAUUAGCAUCAAGAAGAAGUAGAAAAAAAUUGAUAUGUAGAA